AUGGGGAAGCCAUCAUCGCUGAAGCAUGCUGCUCAGACCACAAUUCAUAACUCUGUUAUAUUUGACUUACUUUUAUUACCUAUAAAUAAUAUUAUUACAGAGGAGGCCAGUAAGAAAUACCCCUUCCCGUGCCCCACCACCUACCGCACUGCUCUCUCCCACUACCUCGAUAUCACAGGGACACCAAGGACACACAUUCUACGGGAACUGGCAGAAUACGCACAGGACCAGAAAGAUAAAGAUUUCCUGUUAAAACUGACAUCUUCUACACCAGAGGGCAAGACAUUGUACAGUGAUUGGGUGGUUAAGGACAGGAGAAACAUCACAGCUAUACUAGAGGACCUACCUUCUGUCAAACCUCCUAUCGACCAUCUCUGUGAACUGUUACCUAGGUUACAGGCUAGAUACUAUUCCAUUUCUUCAUCUCCUAAGGUCAAUUCUACUAGUAUACAUAUAACAGCGGUUGUAGUCAAAUAUAAAACCAAGACAACUAGGACGAUGAAAGGAGUUGCUACCAACUGGCUGACCCUAAAGAGACCGACCAAUGGCAUUAAACCUACUGUUCCCAUCUACGUCAGGAAAUCUCAGUUCCGUCUUCCUUUCAAGGCCAACACACCAGUCAUAAUGAUCGGACCCGGCACAGGGUUAGCUCCCUUUAGAGGAUUUAUUCAAGAAAGGAAUUUCCUAAGGAAAGAGGGUAAGCCUGUGGGAGACACUGUGUUGUACUUUGGUUGUCGUCGUAAGACGGAGGAUUAUUUAUACGAGGAGGAACUGGAGGAAUACACUAAGGACGGCACCCUGACUAAGGUCCACCUGGCCUUCUCCCGCGAUGGACCGGACAAGGUGUACGUACAACAUCUCCUCAGGCAGAACAUGGAGGAAACCUGGAAGAUGUUAGAGAAGGGAGGGCAUAUAUAUGUGUGUGGUGAUGCUCGUAACAUGGCAAGAGAUGUACAUGAAACAUUAGAGAAAAUUAUCAUGGAAUGUGGCAAUAUGGAUAAAGAAAAGGCAACCAAUUAUGUGAAACAGAUGCAGAACAAGGGACGCUACUCUUGUGAUGUAUGGAGCUGAAGAUGGCCAUUCAUUAUUCAACAGAUCUGUUCAGAGUGGCUGACCAAAGUGAUAAAGGGAAAAAAUAUUGUACCAGAGAUUGAUUGUGUUUUAAAAGAGGAAAGUUUUAAUUUCAAAUCUUUAGUAUGAAUUAGCUGACAUAGUGUGUAUAUUUUUAAGUAUUUGAUAGAAUAUAUUUUACACUUUUUCAUAUAUGAAAAGCAAUUUUGUAAAGCAUUGUUUAAAUUCUUUAGUCAUAAGUAUUUAUGUUUACUUCAAUAAUCAGUUUCUUUUAUAAAUGUUUUUUUUUGCUGAAUUGCUGAAUACCUAUUGAUCUGACAUAUUGUCAGGUUAUUGUUGGGUUUUCCAUGCACAAAAGGGCUUUCAUCAUAAGUGAAUGAUUACAGUCAUAAUAAUGAAUUAUUUCCUCUGUUAUGAAGUGUAUAUGAUGUUUUGGCCUUACUUAAUCUCUGAUUAGUAAAAAGUCAAAAGUAAAAAGUUAGUCAUUUUUAAAAUUUAAUUUUAAUUUCCAUUUGGUACUGAGACUGCCUUUAGAGAUUUCUCCAAAUUGUUCUUUUGUACUAGGAAGCUUCGAAAAAGGCUUGAUCCCUUUUAUGACGAGAUUUCUCCAUGUGUAUGUUUGUAUAAAAAUGAUUCCAAAUAUUGUUUUUAAAAACAUGGCAUUAUGACCCAAUUGUUAAAAACAUCAUGUUACCCCAUAAUGUUUGUUCACUUCAGAUUCAUUGUAAUCAAGUUUGUUCACUGCUUUGAAUCACUUUUACACAGUUUUUAUUUGUACAAUGUUUGUUUAUUAUUAUUUUUGUGAUUGGAAAGAAAUAAGAAAUUUAAAACAUAAUUUUCUAUCAUGGUGCUGAGAUAUUAAUAGAUUUAUAUUGUGAGAACCAAAUUGUACUCUUUGCAUACUUAAUUUUUAAUACUAUGAAUUACCUCAUUUGAAUAUGAAAUUAAAUGAAUGCUGCUAUAUAAUGGCAUUUAACAGAAUACUUCAUUAAGUGAUAAAACAUGUUUUUGAUAAUAUAUUCUUCAUAUGUGCUGGUAAAUACAUCAAGAGAUUGAAAGUACUAUGUCAUUGAUCAAGAAGCGAUUAAUUUUACAAUUUUUUUUGUAAAUAUAUAUAUUGUCCUUGUCCGUGUAUAGUAGUUGGUAGAUCUCCAUUUUAUGUCCAAGCAUUACAAUUAAUUAAUCAAGUAAAUGAUUUUAUUUUGAU